CUGGGGCCGCGGCCGAGUCGAGCACGGUCCGGGCACUGCAGCCUCCAGCGUGCGGACAGUCCGCCCGAGACGCGCCUCCGGUUACCCGAGCGAGCCAGGGAAGCGCCCUGGAUGAUCGUGCCCCCCGAACAGCCGACAGAUCACAUUUUACAACACCUUUUUUUCCCAUCAUGUUUUCUACCUGCCCUCUGCACGUGCGGAGGAUAUGAUGACCAAAAAUAAAAUCUUAGCGGUGCCUUCAAACCUCCGUGCCUCUCUUUUGGGCAUCUGUAGUAUUUAUCCGUUCCCCGAAACCGGUGAUCGAAAAGUAAACAAAACAGUGAGAGCUGGGUAAAAGCUGGCAGGAUUUCCGCUAGCACGGUCGCGAACUACAUAUCCCAAGAAGCCCGCGGAGACCGGGACGCGCGUCCACUCCGCCAUCCACUUGGAGAAGGCCUUACUAAGCCUGGCCGCGACACUCGGGCCAAUCGCCUUGGCUUUCACCUUGGUCUGGACCCUGGGACGGAUUCGCCCUCAAAUGAUGCUCCAGUUACAGGACUAACCGAAAUUUAUCUUUGUCUCACAAAAGAGGAGGAGCGUGGUUCUUGUCCGUUCCAGCAGAACGACUGACAUCCUUAACCUGAGCAUGCCAACCCUCCGGUUGUGAUUUUCGUGGAGGUCUGCACGCCUGCUUUGCGCGUUAAGCCACAGGUUUUUGAGCCGUGUUUGCUGCGGUGAUUGACAAGCGUGACCCUGUCGAAGCGGCGGUUGGGUCCUGUCUACAUCUUACGUUUCUUUCUUUAUCCGUGAAUCAUCUCGACGGUCCGUGUUGUAAAUGUUUAGCAUUUUGCUGCUUUACUGCUUAUUUCUGGGAACAAUUCCAGCACUUGCUGAAACCGGCGGAGAGAGGCGACUGAGCCCCGAGAAGAGCGAAAUAUGGGGACCUGGGCUAAAAGCAGAUGUCGUUCUUCCUGCCCGCUAUUUCUAUAUUCAGGCGGUGGAUACAUCAGGGAAUAAAUUCACAUCUUCUCCAGGUGAAAAGGUGUUCCAGGUUAAAAUCUCAGCACCAGAUGAGCAGUUCACUAGAGUUGGAGUCCAGGUUCUAGACCGAAAGGAUGGAUCCUUCAUAAUAAGAUACAGAAUGUAUGCAAGCUACAAAAAUCUGAAGGUAGAAGUUAAAUUUCAAGGUCAACAUGUGGCCAAAUCUCCAUAUAUUUUAAAAGGGCCAGUUUACCAUGAGAAUUGCGACUGCCCUUUGGAAGACAGCGCAGUCUGGCUGCAGGAGAUGAACUGCCCAGAAAUCAUUGCUCAGAUUCAGAGAGAUCUGGCACACUUUCCUACCGUUGAUCCAGAGAAGCUCGCAGCAGAAAUCCCAAAAAGAUUUGGGCAAAGACAGAGCUUGUGUCACUACACUUUGAAGGAUAACAAGGUUUACAUCAAGACUCAUGGUGAACAUGUAGGUUUUCGAAUUUUCAUGGAUGCAAUACUACUUUCUUUGACUAGAAAGGUGAAGAUGCCAGAUGUUGAGUUUUUUGUUAAUUUGGGAGACUGGCCUUUGGAAAAAAAGAAAUCCAAUUCAAACAUCCAUCCGAUCUUUUCCUGGUGUGGCUCCACAGAUUCCAAAGACAUCGUGAUGCCUACCUAUGACUUGACUGACUCUGUUCUAGAAACCAUGGGCCGAGUAAGUCUGGAUAUGAUGUCUGUGCAAGCUAACACGGGUCCUCCUUGGGAAAGCAAGAACUCCACAGCUGUCUGGAGAGGUCGGGACAGCCGCAAAGAGAGACUCGAGCUGGUGAAGCUCAGUAGAAAACACCCAGAACUCAUAGACGCUGCGUUCACCAACUUUUUCUUCUUUAAGCACGAUGAAAGCCUGUACGGUCCCAUUGUGAAACACAUUUCAUUUUUUGAUUUCUUCAAGCAUAAGUAUCAAAUAAAUAUCGAUGGCACUGUAGCAGCAUAUCGCCUGCCAUAUCUACUGGUCGGCGACAGUGUUGUGCUAAAGCAGGACUCCAUCUACUAUGAGCACUUUUACAAUGAGCUGCAGCCCUGGAAACACUAUAUUCCAGUUAAAAGCAACCUGAGUGAUCUCCUAGAAAAACUUAAAUGGGCAAAAGAUCAUGAUGAAGAGGCAAAGAAUAUAGCAAAAGCCGGACAAGAAUUUGCAAGAAAUAAUCUCAUGGGUGAUGACAUAUUCUGUUAUUAUUUCAAACUUUUCGAGGUGAGUAUUUUCCAAGAAAAUAGACGCGUAACUUGUAGUUGUACAUGUCCUCAGGAACAAAUAAUAUUUCAUUUAAUUUCUGAAAGUAUAUUAAUAUGAGGAGAUAUAUGUGUACCUCUGUAAAUGAAAAUCAGAAACAAAUAUUAAAUAGUAAUAAAAAAAUUGUUGUAAAGCAAAGAUUAGCUAGUGGAGAGAACUGCAUCAAGUGGAAAAUAUUAUUAGAACUGUGUGGUAUA